UACAACAUGCAGGCACACACACCACCAUCACAACCACCACUACACUCCUAUCAGAGUGUUCCUGUGAAGCUCACUCAUCGCAGUAUUUCAAAGAAGUCCUUGUCCUACCCUUGCGCUUUUAAAAUUACCAAUUAGCUGUCUGUGAAGCGGUUACUCUAAACCAGGAUGUCCUCUACCCCGGAGAUCUCCUCCCCCCUUCUAUUCACAACACUACCCACGGUCCACUCAGCCACACCUGUAUUCUUAUCAACGGAGCCCAAUGUUACUGCUUGCGAGGAGUGGGAGCAGAGCCACCAUCUUCUUUUUCACUUGGGGAACGUGUCUCUUCUGCUGGGCCUGGUCAUCCCCACCACGCUCGGUCUGCACAUGAUCCUGCUUCGUCUUCUUCUAGCAACAGGAUGUCUCUUCUUCAUUGCUUGGGCAACAUUGUACAGGUGUAACAUGGACGUGAUGGUUUGGAAUGUGGUUUUCCUGGUGAUCAACUUCAUGCACUUGUUGUUUCUCUUGUACAAACGUAGACCGAUUAAAAUCGACAGGGACCUGAGGUUGGUGUAUAGGAGGAUGUUUGAGCCCCUACACGUGAAUGAGACUCUAUUUCGGAGGCUCACAGGCCAGUUCUGCACCAUAGAGACCAUUAAGAAAGGACAGGCUUAUGCAGCAGAGGACAAAACUUCUGUGGACGAACGACUCAGCAUUCUGCUCCAGGGAAAGAUGAAAGUGUCUUAUCGUGGCCAUUUUCUUCACAACAUCCAUCCCAAUGCGUUUAUUGACUCCCCAGAGUUUCGAUCAACUUUAAUGCACAGGGGAGAGAAAUUUCAGGUCACCAUUAUGGCAGAAGACAACUGUAAAUAUCUAUGCUGGUCUCGAGAGAGACUCACCUACUUCUUGGAGGCAGAUACAUUCCUUAAUGAGGUGUUCAGAUACCUUAUAGGGAAAGACAUUACCAACAAGUUGUAUUCUCUCAAUGACCCCACACUCAGCGACAAGGCAGUGAAAAAGAUGGAUCGUCAGCCCAGUCUUUGCUCCCAGCUAUCGAUGAUGCAAAUGCGGAACAGCAUGGCCAGCACCAGUGACAGUGAUGAUGUUCUUAAUCAGAUCCUGAGAGGAGGAUCUGGUGGCUCUUCUCUCCAAAAAUCUCCGUCUGUCAAACCCUCUUCAAAAAUGAAGCCGAUUGAGGAAGGUAUGGAAGAUGAUGUUUUUCUCGAUUCUCCUAUCUCCACGGCCUGCCGUCCAUCCAUCACAUCCACUGAGGACGUCUAACCAUGGAAAAGAGACAAAACAACAUCCAACCAAAAUUCCACGAUCAAUGCCAAGAAAAAGUACAAAAGAUGAAACAUUUAUAUUAGACCAGUAAUAUUUUUUUGUAACAUACUGUCGUAUGCUGGUAUGUAUUUGAAAUAUCUGUUUGCUCUCUUCUUUAUGUUCUUGAUAAUUUACUUUUUAUUGGUAAUAAUGUUUGCAACUUUUAGGUGCCUGUCCACCCGUCAAGAAUGAGAAUAAACAACCAAUUAUAAAAAUGUGUCACAUACCAAGCCAAUCAUUUUUUCUGCAGGACUAUGGAUUUGUCCGAUCAGUUAAAAAUGUAAUAUCGGCAUUAACGCAAAACCCAUUUGAUGCCGUUAAUUCUUUUUUUUAAUGUGUGAUUAAUUAACUGCUGUCAGUUCUUUCACCCUACAUUUUUUUCAACGAGGCGGCCAGGCCACUUUAUACUGCAGACAGUGGUGCAGAAAGUGUGGUUCUGUAGCACCCCCUGGUGUUGGGGAGAGAAAAAGUUGUGCUUUGGUAGAUUCUUUUUUUUGUGAUGUUGUUAAAAAUAAAUCAAUAAAACAUAUUGAAACAGUUGCGUAUUUAACUUGGGAAUUUAAUACAAUAUAUAUGUUGAAAAUAACAGUAUAUAUGUUGUUAAUAACAUGGUCACCACCUGACACCGUGCUUGCUACCUAGGUCACGUUGAAUAAGGGGUUAUUGGUACGGAAUAGUUAACUGUUGACUGAGGAGGCGUGAAAGCAACACUAGGUGACUUACAACCUUUAUAGAAUAUUUUCAUAACAUUUGUGAUGAUAUG